AUGGAUUCCUCUUCGAAUUCCUCCGCGGCGGGUUUGGGCUCCGUGGACCCGCAGUUGCAGCAUUUCAUCGAGGUGGAGACUCAAAAGCAGCGCUUCCAGCAGCUGGUGCACCAGAUGACGGAACUUUGUUGGGAGAAGUGCAUGGACAAGCCUGGGCCAAAGUUGGACAGUCGGGCUGAGGCCUGUUUUGUGAACUGCGUUGAACGCUUCAUUGAUACAAGCCAAUUCAUCUUGAAUCGUCUGGAACAGACCCAGAAAUCCAAGCCAGUCUUCUCAGAAAGCCUUUCUGACUGA